AAAAUAAUCUUUAGGAGCUGAAUCUAUGCCUGGAAACGAAUUUGGGGAGAAGAUCCACAAUUUCUUUGGACAACAAGGCCUAUCCCAAGACCAAAAUCAGUCUCAGGUUGUUGACGGAAGCUGGUCGAAUUAUAAUAAUGGUCACCAGAGGCAGAUAGACCCAUCCCUUAUUGCCAAUCUGAAGAGUUAUAACACAAAACAAUCUGUUGAUCAUGAGAGUGGUCAUCAAUCUUCAAAUUCACACCAUGGUUUAAAUUAUACUCAGCAGCCUAUAAGGUCCGAGUUCUCGAGAAGUUUAUUGCAAGAACACCAGCAACUCCCAAAUGGUUACACGCAUGGGAACCUUGGGUUGCAGACAAUGCCGAAUGGGGCAAAUUUUUUGGGAGUUGAUGUAGAAUCUAGUAGGGAUAGGUUAUCAGCAAGGGGAUUUACUCCAGAACUUCAUAAAAUUCCUAUGAGGCUUGAGAUGGGAGAAUCUCCGGUUAAUUAUGAUUUCUUUGGUGGUCAACAACAAUCAAACACACAGCUCCCUGGCAUGCUCCAGCCUUUGCCAAGGCAGCAGAUGACAUUCAAUGAUAUGCAACUACUGAAGCAGCAAGCUAUGGUUAAGCAAAUGCAUGAAUAUCAAAUGCAACAACAACUUCAAAAGCAACAGCUAGGGGCCAGGCAGCUCAUUUCUUUGAAUAUAAAUGCAGUCAAUGGAAGUCGCUCUAGUGAUAACCAAUCACAUAUGAUUAAUGGCAUCCCUCUUCAGAAUGCGUCUAGUAACUGGUUGCGGCCAGAUCUCAUGACAGGAAAUACAAACUGGAUGCAUCGCGGCAUCUCGCCAGUUGUUCAAGGUUCGUCCAGUGGGCUCAUGAUUACCCCUGAGCAUGGGCAGUCGAACUUAAUGGCUCAACAAUUUGGACCUUCCUUGUACGGUAUGCCUGUUAGUGGGACAAAUGCACCUCAAAAUGCUUUUUCUUCCGUCCAGAUGAACAGGUUAGCUGCACCGCAUGGUUCUGCAAACAGGAGUUACUCUCUCACUAAUCAGCCAACGUCAUUUCUCAAUCAAGGUGGCGUACAGGAUAGUCAAAUGCUCCCUAGAUCCACAUACCAGGAGAAAGCGUUGUUCUCCCAGACAUCAGUGCCAGAUUCAAAUAAUAGGCCCAGUUUUGAAAAUUUCCAGCAAGAUGAUUCCCGUGAGAGGAACAUUUCAGCGCAGGAGAAAUUUUGUCAGAUGGAGGAUUCUGGUCCAUCAGAAAAAUCAUUUAUGAAAGUGCCUGAAAAUAUAAAUGCAUUGCAGAAGUCGUCAACAUUAGAUCCAACUGAAGAAAAGAUUUUGUUUGGUUCUGAUGACAAUUUGUGGGAUGCAUUUGGAAGCAGCACCGAUAUGAGCUUGCAAGGAAAUCUUAUGUCCAGUAGUUCUGACCUAUUUGAUGCAUGCCCCUCUUUGCAAAGUGGGAGUUGGAGUGCUCUUAUGCAAUCUGCUGUAGCAGAAACAUCCAGCGAUGACGCAGGUGUACAUGGAUGGGUUAACAACAAUACUGUCCCACAUGCAAAUUCUCAUACUGAUAGUAGAGCCCACAGUGAUUCAAAGACUUCAAAUGCACUAAGUGAGAGAUUCCACAGUGAUUCCACUCGAGCAGCUGUUCAGCAUUUGCCUGACAAGGGAAAUAAAUUUUCAGAUCAUGGCCAGUUGGAGAAGCCGAUGGCUCAACCUAGUCAAAUGGCUGGUAAUAUAUUUCAUUCUUCAAGUAUUGAUGAACAGAAUAAUUUGUGUUCUGUUCGACAGAAUGAGGGCAUCGAAGAUAGAUUUGGUAUUUGGAAGGCUGCUUCUAAUCCAAAUGUAGCUGCUCUGAUUGAACAGAAGAAUCAUUUCACACAAAAUCCACAAAGGGCAAGCUAUGGAUUUGGCAUUGCCAGUGCAGAAAACGGUUCUAGUGCUUCUAGGGAUGUGCAGGGCAAUAUCCAACAACAUUUUGAUAAUAACUCUGUGGAGAAGGCUAUCCCUCAACUGAAAUCUAGAGACGGCAGUCAGAUUCUUGAGUCAUAUGCGAGUGAUAAUGCUGGAACAAAUGAAAUGGUAAAUGCCCGUGAUUUUUCUAUGUUGCCUGGGAGAAAAGACACACAAUAUGGUCAUGUCGGUAGUAGGCGCUCGAUAAGUCGCAAAUUUCAGUAUCAUCCCAUGGGUAAUAUUGAUGUCACGAAUGAGUCUUGUCAAGAAAAAGUUUCUCAUUUGCCACCCACAUUGGAGCAGGUUUCUGUAGGAAACCAAGGGUAUUUUGGACAGCCAAAGUUUCUUGGUCAGUCGGCUAUGAACAUGCCAAUUGACAGGGGACAUGUUUCACAAAACGACUUGAAUUGCACAAAUGAGGCUUUUAAUGGCAUGGGUUCAGAAAACUCACCUAGCACAUCUGCUUCAGCUGACAGAAGUGUUGAUAGGUGUAAUCAAGUGAAGAGUGCUUCGUCAAGGCAAACUAUGCUUGAGCUUCUUCACAAGGUGGACCAGUCGCCAGAGAAUUCCUCGGAAACAAACAUUUCUGGGAUUCAUGCAGCCUCGGCUGGACCAGAUCAGCAAAUCAGUCCUCAGAUGGCUCCAUCCUGGUAUAGUCAAUAUGGGACUUUCAAGAAUGGACUGGUGCUACCCAUGAAUGAUACAGGGAGAUUUACCCCUUUGAAAAUAGGAGAACAAUCGUCUAAUGUUGAGAGUUCGGUUGAUGGUACACAUACUGUUCAAUCGUCGAAGCAGUGUAAUAUGCAGCAAAUGUCAGGCUCCGCACCAGGAGUGGAGACUCCCUCAUCUGAGUCAUUGCUUCAUGGUGCUACUGACAAGCUUCUGAAUGUUGAUAAACCAAAGAAGCGGAAAACUGCCACAUCCAAACUUCAAUCUUGGAAUAAAGAAGUCACGCAGGAUUCCCAGAGGCUUAAGACGCUCAGCGAGACAGAGAUUAAUUGGGCCAGAGCAACUAAUCGAUUUGCUGAAAAAGUGGAAUUUGAGACUUUACUGGAGGAUGGCCCACCAAUCAGAUCAAAGAGAAGGCUUAUACAUACAACACAACUCAUGCAGGAACUAUUUAGCCCGCCUCCAGCUGGGGUAAUAUCUUUAGCUGCUAGCUCAAACUAUGAGUUUGUUGCAUACACUGCUGCAAGAGGUGCACUAGGAGAUGCAUGCAGCUCCAGUUGUAUAGACAGGAGUGAGCGCUUUUUGCCCCCAAACAAUUCAAACCCGUUGUCUGAGACAACGAAAACUGAAAAAAUCAGUGACCAAUACAUCUCCAAAGCAGCUGAAGAUUUCAUUAGUAGAACACGGAAACUAGAAACUGACUUUGCAGGGCUAGAAAAUGGAACUACAAUUCCAGACUUGAGAGUUGAAGUCCAGGAUCUAGAGAAGUUUGCAGUGAUAAAUCGUUUUGCGAAGUUCCACCCACCAUCUUCAUCUAUGGACCGGACCUUGAAUUCACUUAGGUUAAACCCACAAAGAUAUGUUACCGUAGCUCCAAUGCCUCGGAAUAUUCCAGACAGGUUGGUCGGAAUCCUGAGAACAGUAAAGCCCUCCGUUGUCAAAAAGCGGGAGAUCCUCUACUAAAUAUGUAGCAUUACUGUAUGCAUCAUCACAAACAUUGUAAGUUAAAUCCAUUUGUAUACUUUAGUAAAGAAAUAUCGUUCAG